CCAAACCUCUCUGAACCUCUCCUUUCCUUUCCUCUUCUUUCCUUGCUGCUCCUUUCCCUCCUUUCCUUGCUGCUCCUUUCCUCUUUCCAUUCUUUUCUUUUCUUUCUUACAGAGACAAAGAGUUGAUCCUUAAUCAUAUGAAAGCUGUGGACGCCACACUGAUUGCGGUCACAGACCAGGCUGUGGCAUCAGGUGCUGCAGCAGCCACAGUGCUUCCCAAGCUGCAGCUGCCGAUCUUCGCAGAGGAAGCAGUGAGGGACAGGCCAGAGGCUAUAGCAUUCCAGCACCUGCUUAGACAUUUUAUGGAUCUCUACUCACUGGCAGCUGACCGAGUUGGAACAUUAACAACAGGAAGAGAAUCUUUGCCAGUUCACUUUGCACCCGAAGCAGCUGUUACGCCUCCCUCUCCAGCUCCUGCUCCUGCUGAUAUCUUGCAGCCCCAAGUUUCACCCCAAGCAGCACGUACACCUUCUGCUCCUGCUGCUGCUCCUGCUCCUGCUACUGCUCCUGCUGCUGCUCCUGCUGCUGAUGGUAAGUCUGCUUUUCAAACAGUUAUAUUCACUUGCAUGAGGAUUCCAAGACAGCACCUCCCCUCAUGCUGCACAGCUUCUGGAGGCCAGGACCACAAUAUUGAAUUACAUAACAGAAAGUUAAAGCUGGUGCUGACAGAAGUGUUCUCAGAAUUUUUUUAGAAGAGUAACGUGCUGGUUAAAGCUAAGACAAGGAUUAAAUUUAUUACUGUAUUUUUUCCCCCCAUUACUCCCUAUUUCCUGUUGGGUAUUUUUUUGUUUUGUUUGAGUAUGGAUGCUUGGUUGCUUGGAAAUUUUUAGUUUUGGGGAGUGAUUCAGGUGGGUAUGUUUUCGAUUUCUAAUUUUUUUAUUCUUAUUUUUAAAUUCCUUCCUCCCACCCUUCCUCCCUUCCUCCCUUCCUCCCUUCCUCCCUCCCUUCCUCCUUCCUUCCUUCCUUCCGCGCCUUCCUUCCUUCCGCACCUUCCGCGCCUUCCUUGCUUCCGCGCCUUCCUUCCUUCCUUCCUUCCUUCCUUCCUUCCUUCCUUCCUUCCUUCCUUCCUUCCUUCCUGCCUUCCUGCCUUCCUGCCUUCCUGCCUUCCUGCCUGCCUGCCUUCCUGCCUGCCUUCCUGCCUGCCUUCCUGCCUGCCUUCCUGCCUGCCUUCCUGCCUUCCUGCCUUCCUGCCUGCCUUCCUGCCUGCCUUCCUGCCUGCCUUCCUGCCUUCCUGCCUUCCGCGCCUUCCGCGCCUUCCGCGCCUUCCUUCCGUGCCUUCCUUCCUUCCGCGCCUUCCUUUCAUUUUCCCUUUUUCUUUCCUUUCUGUUACAAACACUUAACAUUUCCAAUAGACUUUAUUUUCGUUCAUACCUAUUUGCACUCUCUCCAUAGAUUUGUUUCUUAAAACUGACUCUUUCUCAACAUUUAUUUUUCAGCCUCAGGUUUCACCCCAUGCACCUCCUCCUGCUGCUGCUGCUGCUGCUGCAAGUAGGUCUGCUUUUCAAACAAUUAGACUCACUUGCAUGUGGAUUCCAAGACAGCACCUCCCUCCAUGCUGCACAGCUUCUGGAGGCCAGGACCACAAUAUUGAAUUGUAAACAUAACAGGGAGUAACUGCUGACAGCAAUAUUCUCAGACUUCUUUCAGAAGUGUAACCUACUGCUUUAAGCUAAGACAGGGAUCAAAUAUAUUACUGUAAAGCUUUUUAUAUUAGUCCCUGUUUCUUAGUGGGUAGUUUUUCGGUUUUGUUUGAGUAUGGAUGCUUGGUUGCUUGGAAAUUUUUGGGUUUGGGGAGUGGUUGCAGUGGGUGCAUGGGUUUUGGAAUUCUGAUUCUUUUUUAUUAUUAUUUAUAAUUUUCUCUUUCUUUCUUUCUUUCUUGCUUGCUUGCUUGCUUGCUUGCUUGCUUUCUUGCUUUCUUGCUUUUCUUUUCUUUAAGGCAGGCCACUGGUAUCUAAAAGGAGGAUUGUUCACUUUUAGCAUCAUGUGCUCAUCAGAUAACAGUCAACCAAUCAUCUUAUGUUCGUGAAAAAGACUUCUUGUGCUCCCAGAAAACUGCACAGUCAAAUAAAGCUGAACUCAGAUGCAAGUGUGUUCCUCACCAUAAAAAUGGCCAAAGAAAUUAUAGCUACCAGCGAUACUUUUCCUGCGGUCCUGUUUGCCCCAAGUGUGUCUUGCGUGCUCAGACCGUUCUGGCCCAUUGAUCCAGGCCGGUCCCAGAGCGUCAUGAACAAGGGAAUGGAAGUUCAGCAGCAUGUGCUCAAUGUCGUGUGCUCUGCUCAGGGCUCGUGAGAGCUCCUGCAGGGAUAAAGCCCUGCCAGUGGGGACCAGCUCCUGCUGUGUCAGGCACGCAGCCUCGCGUGGUGUUGGGGCAGCAGCCCAUGCAGGGCUCGCUCAGCGUCAGCCCCACGCAGUGUGGGCACUGCUGCAUUCUCAGCAAGGUUCUGCUGCAGGGUUUGGAGAAGUGAGGGUGAUCUGUUGCAUUGAUCCCUGCAACCCCUCAAAUUGAGAGCCCACAGGAAAGUCCAGCUGGGUGAGAGUGAUCUUCCCAUUUGUCCUGUGGCCUUUUUGGGAACGCUGCCAAAGGGCCCGACGUCUCUUCUUACCAACCUGGAGGCAUAAGCACAUUGCAGGGAACUGCCAGACGGACCAGGGUCAAUCAUAGGCUUGGAGACUUCUGCACACAGGAUGUCAAAACAUCCAUUCACAAAUUCCUCUGUGCUAAUGCCUGUGCUGAAUAGGAAGAGUGCCACAUCUGUGAAAACCUCCUGCAUUUUCACAGCAGCUUCAGCAGCCGUGUUUGUACACACAUUGCAGUAAAGUGUGCUUGUGAAUUCUCAGCCAGUCUGAUAAGCAUGUCAAAGGUUUCUGCAAUCGAUCGAUCCAUCAUUAUUUUUAAGGUUUAAAAAAAAAAGAAAUUAGAGUAAGAAUUUAAAACAGUUAUAUUGCCACAGCUUACUGAUAUCCCAAAUGAAUUUUUGCAUUAGAAUUUUUGAGGAGACAAACUCCUCACAAACUAUGACAACUGUCUUUUCUCAGUAGGGAGACACCUUCCAAGUAAGGUUACUGCAGAGUUAAUCAUGUUUACUUUGCGGGUUCCAUUAAACCUAGCCUAAAAAUAUAUGUAACAGGAAACAAUUGUAAGCUGAAUUAUUGAAUUAUAAAAUGCAGCAGAAGCCUGUUGUACCUAUGUGUACCUGUGUCUAUGUACGUAAACACAUUUGCUCUCUCAUCUCACGAGUCAUUCUGCAAGUUGCAAUAACCAGCUGAGCACUCUCAGCAAC